AUGACAGAUUAUAAGAAUUUAGCCGAUUCAGAAUUGAAGCAACUUUUAGUGGAAAGAAAUUUACCAAGUGAUGGAGUAAAAGAGGAUUUGAUUAAUAGACUCAUAAAUAACGACAAAGAGGUCAAAGAGCAACUAAAAACAUCCUCUGAACAACCUGUUAUUGAAACAAGUAAUGCAGAAGGAACUGAAACAGCAGCAAUCAACUCUGCAGAUACUGAAAUGACAACAAGACUAACUACAACCGAGACCUCAUCCACCAACAUCUCAGGUGCUGUGACCGAAAAGAACAUAGAUAGAGAUAAUGGUGAAGCAACAACUAGUGAAGAAACAAAGAAGGAUGAGCCUAAGUCAUUACCAAGUCCAGAAGAAAUGAAAAAGCUGGCAUUAGACCACCUAAAUAAGAAACUGCAUCGUGCUAGUAAAUUUGGCGCUGAACAAUCAGUUAUUGAUGAAAUAAAUAAAUCAAUUAAUCGUAUUGAAAAAUUCGGUUUGGAUUUACAAAAUCCAUUAGCCGUUGAAUUGGGUCUAGUAAAACCACAACCUAAACCAAAGAAUAGACAACCACCUUUGAACAAAAGAAAGAAUAGAACUCAUAAUAGUACUAACAGUAAUAAUAGAAUGGGUAGAUACAGAGUAAGAAAGGGCGGAUCUGUAAAUAACAAUAAUAGAAGACGUGGUGGUAGUGGGAAUGGUAGAAGAUUCUAA